CGGCGCGCGAGCUGCGCAUCAUGAACGGCAAGGAGGCGGACGGAGCGGCGCGAGGGACGCCGGCCUGCCUCGAGGGCCUCCCGCCGCUGCCCAAGAGCCUGAGCGGCCUGCUGAACUCGAGCGGCGGCUCGUGGCGCGACAUGGAGCGCGUGUACGCCAAGAAGACCAUGAUCCAGCACGAGCUGAGCCGCGCGCGCAGCAGCGCGGACGGGCCGCGGGCGGGGAAGCCCGCGAGCCUCGACGCCGCCUUGGCGCUCCUCCGGAAAGAGAUGGUGGGCUUGCGGCAGCAGGACAUGUCGCUGCUCUGUCAGCUCUGGUCCCUUCACGAGUCCAUCCAGGAGUACAAGGGAAGCUGCCAGGACCUUUCGGCCGGCUCGAUUGCGGACGGACUUUACGGGCUGGACAACGGGUACUUCGACGAGGACGAGGAGUAUUACCCGGAGUCCGGCGCCAGCCCGACCGAGACGCCGGACGGGAGCGAAACGGCGCCGCGAAACGGGACGUCCAAGGACGUGUGGCUGCAGGAGUCUUUUCACAUCACGAUAUGAUGGACGGCCGUGCUGGGGCCGACCUGCAGCCUGCAGGCCAAAUGCUGUCCUUACGUGGACGAAGCAGUUAUACUUUUAUGCUAUGCUGGCGUUUUUUUGUUUGUUUUUUUCCUACAGAAAAUAUAAACCAAGAUUAUUUAUUAUAUAAUGCAACAGUAUGGUAUGUUUUAAUAGAUGUAAGAUUUUCUAUGGCUUGUUUUUAUGCAGUGAAGCACAUCUCUUAAUACUCACGUUUACACUAAAAAUGUUUUGAAUAUCUCUCUGCUGACCGACAUGUGGAGGUCGGUGAUGUUGGGUAGGAUCCUUAAUUCACAGAAGUCGGAUAAUUCUCAGAGCGCCUUAAUCCUUUAUAUUUGAGUCAGAUGUGCUAGAUUAGGGGUGGAGUUAAUCCCUGCAGGGUGGUAGGAACUAGUGGGGGUUGUAGUCAGUUGGUAGCGUCAGUCCAGUAAUACAUUUACAUUUAUUUAUAUGCUAUGUGCUACACUAUGGGUUUAAAAAAUGUGAAUUGAUGCAAUGCUGGAUAUACUACCUAUAAUUCUCAAACGCAUAAUCCAGGGUCUGGCCAAAAAAAAUGGUUCCUUGACUUGUUCAUGCCAGGUCGCACUGGUGUUCAGCGGUGAUCAGGAUGGCCUUGCAUCGGCGUGGCGGUGCUUUCCUCCAUGUAGUUGAUGUACGUGAGCGUUUAUAACUUCUGCUUGGUAAAGUUAUUUCUGAUGAAACCACAGAUAAGUGUCACAGACAGCCCUGUUCAGACAGAGUUUUGAAUUGGAAGAAAAUGUGAGUGAGUUUGUGGCUGUGGUUUUUGGUUUUUUUUAAAUCGUGGCAUGGUUCUCAUACGCACCCUGCCCGGUUACAUCACACUGUAGAGGUACAUUAUACAUUUCAUAAUGCUAUUCAGGUGGAUAGUGAAUUUUUGCCUUUUUCUAAGAGGUGUUCCAGUCUGUAUAAUAAUUAACCUAUUUAGAAAUAACAGUAUUAUAAAGUUUUGUUUUAUUUUUUAUUUUUUUAUGUGCAUGCUAAUAUGGCGGGGGGUGGCUAAUGUUCAGUCUUCCAGUUUUCAGGGACUAAUCAGCUCCCUAUAUUGGGACAUUCUGGGGACUCUUGUUUACGCUUAAGGAGAUUGAACGGGUUGGUUCAUCAUGUUUCGGACGAGCUGAUCAGAGAUCAGGCACACAGACCAAAGAGGCAAGCUGCAUAUUGCCAACACUCAUUCGGGACAUUAUAGAUGUUUCUGGAAGUUUUUUUUAUUUUCCUGGUUGGUCUGGCAUUGUGUAUUUUGUUACUGGUCUGAAUAGUCAGUGUGUGUGCUGGUGAGUGGUAAUUUAGAUGAAAUGUCCAGUCUGUAACUAUAAGGCCUGUAACAAGUUUACUGACCAAGGGCCCUCUGGAUGUUGGUAUCGUAUGUGUCUUGGCGGGUGAUGAUGUAUUUAAAUAGUCUACAGCAUCACUGUAGCAGUCAAAGUGCAUAGGCGGGGUGGCCUACACCAGACAAGAGUGUGUCUUAAUUCUAAAGCACUUUUGCAGAAGGAUCUAUAGGAGUAAGUCACUUAAAUUGUCAUUUUGGAUUCUCUACAGUUCGAUCAUGUAGUGUAUGAUUGUGCUGCAAAAUUGUUGCUUUUUUACCUAGUGCUACAUUACCCAAAAACCACCCAGUGUUUCUCUGUCCAGCUCAGUCUGAACGCCCACAUUGUAAUCUCCUGGGUUUGUCAUCUCGUUGAGGUCUCUUGGGUGAAACUCUAUCACACCCCCCACCCUGCUGGUGGCAAGCUGUGUUCCUCCGGGGCCUUUUCAUGUGCUGCUGGUAAACGCUUUUACAGGAUGAAUGCCAUUACUGGUUUCUGUCUGUUUACUUCCAUUUCUUCAUCGAAGGCUUUGAAUUUCUUUUGUUUAGAAAGCAACUGAAUGCUAAAAACCUUUAGCUUAUGCAAAGUAAAGUUUGUAUGUCUGCAUCAUACAGAACGACCUUACUACUGUACGUUUUGGAGGACCGUUUUUGUAUGCCUUUUGUAUAUGCAACAACUAUUAAAGCGAUCAUUCAAAUA